AAUAACGUCUGCGACGUCAUGCCGCGCGAGAGACCCUCGACGAAUGGGCAAAGCUGUUGUAAGUGUUCGAAUCGGGAAUAAUCCUGCAGUGAGUGUCGCCGUCAAAGUUACUCGCUUAUGGUCGUGCUCUGUCCAGCGGAACCGUUUGCGACAGAAUACUCGACGACCAGAACGAGAAUCUCUGCGGAGACGAGAGCGAGCUCACUGAGCAGAAGCUCCAGAAGUUUCGGCGGUCGAGGCUCGCCGCCUAAACUCCGACGGACGAUCCGGUCAGAAAGGGGAGGAGAUAAAACUAAACUACCGGUGACCGGAUUCUCGAUGAGCCUUCGACACCUUCCGAUACACCUUCCCGUUGGAUUUUAAUCAGUAUUCAAAGUCACCGCCCCGGCUUGAUCAUGGACGCGCUGGAAAUUCUUUCGGAGAUCGCUCCGAGGCCGACCCUGUCUUUAUAUCAGAUCGAGGUGCUAUCUGUGGCUGUCACGCUAGUCGUCUACGCUUGCAUGCUGGUGAUCGCGGUUGGAAUCGUCAAGCGUGGAUCGUCCUUCGGAGUUCCUCUCAGGAAUUUUCUCUCGGGACUGAUUAUGUCAUCUCUUGGCAUCGUUUUCGCAGAACCCGGUAGUGAAUCAACCCCUGCUGGACUGAUGAACAAAUGCGGCGUCACGGUCCAAGGUUUCGUCUGUCUGGUUAUUCUUGCUUACUCUUCGGAUUUCAACGGAGACGCUAGGUUGGCAGCGGUUGCUCUCGUAGUCUUCUCGCUUUUGAUAAACCUGAAAGACCACGUUCUGCUUGUCACCCUAUUGUGGAGCACACUGCAUCUUGUGUACAUACCGGGUCUCGAUUACCUCCGGAGCCGCAAAUCUGGCGUCUCAUCUACCCCGGACACCUUGGUCCUCACACUGUAUCUGUCCGGAUCUUUAUCUCUCAUCGGCUGGGGAAGUUACAUAUACCUUGCUGGAUCGCUUCUGCUCUCGCUGCCGUACUUCUUGGGCACGGCCGUCUCGCUUCUGAGUUUGCGGGACAUGUACGCUACUAAAAUCAAAAUUGCUUAGAGGGGCGUGAGCCGAGCCGCUCUAUUGCUCUGGGUUCUCCCGAGCUCUUCAUACGCGGAUCUGAGUACCUUAUAUACAUGCGAUUUAAUAGAUUCGGUUCCCGCCUGCCGCCUUCUACUUCAGAUCGAUUACGGUGAAAUCUUGCUGCGAGGAGCCCCGCAGGACCUGUGAAUUUUGUUCAUUGUCAUGAUUAGUCUUUCUGUUGAGAAUUUUAAAAGUGUCCUCUCCAGCUUCCCAAACGGUUCGCUGAAACGAAGCUUCGCUGGAGCGGUGCUCGUUGUUACGAAAUUUCACUGUACCUUCAAUCAGCCUGUAUACAGCCAUUUUUAGGAUUUUUGAAUUUCACUGAGCCAAAGUUACUCCCACAUUAGUCCGGCCCACCGGUAUUUCAAAAACCUGCGCGUUGUCAGGGUCGCACUCGCUCAACUAUUCCGGUGAUGACAGACGAGACGAGCCGGCAGAAAGGCGAUAGAAUAGAAGGAGAGAUCGUUGUCUCUCCUCUGCUUUUUCCGUCGAAGAGAUUCGCGGUAUAGAUCCGUGGCUCCUAAGCGGUUGCGGUCUGUAUUCGUUCCAAGAGACACGAACGACAACAUGAGAAAUAAAUGACUGAGAUACAGGAGACUUG